GCCCAUGUGACUUGCUGUCUGUCUUCUAUCCCUGCAGAGCUGUGGAAGGAAACGUCAUGACUUCUUUCUUGCCAACUAUGACACAGCUGUGCGCAUAUUCAUUGGGCGUCUUCCCAUUGGCCCUUCGCGUAUGGUGAACGCCGGGGAGUUGUGAUCCUGCAGCUCGGGUCCCUGAGGUCUGGAUUCUUUCUCCCCUGCUGAGACGCAGCCAGUAGGUCCACAGGUCGCUCCAGCUGGGAGUUGAAGCACUGAAAUAUGAGUUGGCGAGGAAGAAGAUAUAGACCAAGACGAUGUUUACUACUUGCUCAGCUGGUUGGGCCUAUGCCUGAGCCCAGUGUGCCAGAGCCUCAACAAGAAGGACCACCAACUGAAAGUCAGGAUCAUACACCUGGUCAGAAGAGAGAAGAAGAUCAGGGUGCAGCUGAGAUUCAAGUGCCCGACCUGGAAGUUGAUCUCCAGAAGCUGUCUCAGUCAAAGACUGGGGAUGAAUGCGGAGAUGGUCCUGAUGUCCAGGGGAAGAUUCUGCCAAAAUCAGAGCAAUUUAAAAUGCCAGAAGGAG